ACGUCGUACGGGGCGGGGCGUCAAGUCUGGUUUCCUCGGCUACCGCCGUCGGCGUGACGUUUGGUGUGCGCGGCUCUGCAGCCAUGGGGGCUCCGCCUGGCCUGCAGACGGACUGCGAGGCGUUACUCAGCCGUUUCCAGGAGACGGACAGCGUGCGGUUCGAGGACUUUACGGAGCUAUGGAGGAGCAUGAAGUUCGGGACCAUCUUCUGUGGUAGAAUGAGAAAUUUAGAAAAGAACAUGUUUACAAAAGAAGCUUUAGCUUUGGCUUGGAGAUAUUUUUUACCUCCUUACACCUUCCAGAUCAGAGUUGGUGCUUUGUAUCUGCUGUAUGGGUUAUAUAACACCCAAUUGUGUCAACCAAAACAAAAGAUUAGAGUUGCCCUGAAGGAUUGGGAUGAAGUUUUAAAAUUUCAGCAAGAUUUGAUAAAUGCACAACAUUUUGAUGCAGCUUAUAUUUUUAGGAAGCUACGAAUAGAUAAUGCAUUUUACUUUACAGCGAUGCCCAAAUUGCUGUCAUAUAGAAUGAAGAAAAAAGUUCAACGAGCUGAAGUUACAGAAGAAUUUAAGGACCCGAAUGAUCGUGUAAUGAAACUUAUCACUUCUGAUGUAUUAGAGGAAAUGCUGAAUGUUCAUGAUCAUUAUCAGAACAUGAAACAUACAAUUUCUGCUGAUAAAUCCAAUCCAGACAAAGCCCUCAGCUUGAUAAAGGAUGAUUUUUUUGACAAUAUUAAGAACAUAGUUUUGGAGCAUCAGCAGUGGCACAAAGACAGAAAGGAUCCAUCCUUAAAAUCUAAAGUCAAAGAUGGAGAAGAAAAGAGGGAAGGAAAUUCACAAGAAUCAGAGAGAUGUGAAAGGGCAGAAUCAUUAGCAAAAAUAAAAUCAAGAGCAUUUUCAAUUGUUGCUCAGGCAUCUAAGUCAAGAAGGCAUCGUCAAGUCAAACUUGACUCUUCUGAUUCUGAUUCUGCAUCUGGCCAAGGACAGAUCAAAGCAAGUAGAAAAAAAAGAAACAAAGAAACAUUGAAAUCAGCAGGAAGGAAGAUGUCUUCCAGAAACAGAGAUGACAAGCAGAAUGUACAUAAGAAAGAUAAAAAUUUAAAUCUGAGUAUGCCUGUAAUUACAGAAGAGGAAGAGGAGAAUGAAAGUUUUAAUGAAACAGAGUUCACUGCACCCAAGAGGAAAAGAAAAUGCAGAAUAAAGAGCCUGGUGUAGAGCUUUCAUUUUGAGCUUUCUGACAGAAGAAAAGAUUUACAUGUUGUGUGCUGAAAAGGAAGACUGCCUGUGUUAAAAAUAAUUCAUCUAGGCAACUGUAGGUUAUUUCUUUGAAAUAGCAAUACUUUAACAUAGUUCUAGAAUAAAAGUACAAACAAUGAGAGUAAGAAUAUACUCCAAAAUUUAAUUGUAACAUUUUCUUUUAGGAAAUCCACAUAAAUGGAGAUAAAAUUUGAUUUAGAAUGUAAUAGAAAUAAUACUAUUUUCAGAUUAUUACUAUUUCCUAAAAGGUUUUGUUAUACUAUUACUGCAGUUCUGAUAUUAAUUAUUCUAUUUAAAAUAUUUUUUCUUGAAAUAUUAAUGCUUAUUACAUGUAAAUGACAAAUCAUUUUUUAUCUACAGUCUGGUGAUAGAUAUUGUGUGGUUAAGUGCAAUGACGUUUUUGCCUUGUUUGCUUUACCUUUUAAUAUAUGAAACUUACAUGGUUAGUAACUUAUGUGAUUAGUAACUUAGGAAGCUCAGUUUCUACUUACACCAUGAAUUAAAUACUCUUUGGUGCUUGUUUUAAAGCUCCCUUUGGUCUAACAUUUAUGUAUGUAUACAUGUAUGUAUAUAGGUACAGCAAUGCAUGUGUCCACAUAUACAUACAUCUUUCAUGAUUAGUCAAUACAUUAAGUACACUUAAAUAUUGAAGUCCUGCUGUGUCACCUUUUCUGCACAGGUUCAUUUCAGUUUUCACUAUUUCAAACAGUGCUGUGAUGUGACCUUUGUGCAUAUUGUUUAGCUCACUUAGGUUGAUUAAAUUGUAUAAAUUUACACAUGAAUAGGUUUGUCAAAUAGUAUGUUCAUGUGAAAUUUUGUUAAUCAUUGUCAAAUUGGACUCCAAUAGAUCACCAGUCUACAUUCCUAUUAACAGUUUUUGUGAGGGACUCUAUACCUCCAUUAUACUGGUUAUCAGUCUUUGUAACUGUUGUCAAUUGAAUACCACCUGAAUCUUAGCAGAAAAUGUAGGUAGAUGAAAGUAACAGAGUUGUACUCAGCAGAUGUGAGUUGCUAUGUCGUUGUAUUUGACAGUUGCAGUGCUUUAGCUGAAUAGAAAGUUUUUUGUGAAUAUAUUAUGAAUAUAAGGUGGGAAUCACUUGAUAGAGUUGUUUUAAACGUGAAGAUGAAGCUUAUUGAAUAAAGUUCAAAUAGAAAUGUUUGUGUUUAUAGUGGAUUUUCAGAAUUAAAAUGUAUUGAAAUACUAGCUCCUUAUUAAAUUAAGCCAUUUGUAUUGUCAACUUGAUUAUAACAAAUAGCUGCAUCAAGUCGUAAAUACAUGAUUGUAAUGUUAAAUGUUUACCAAGUUAAUGUUUUGUGAUGAAAGAGGGAAUGUGCAGUGUUCAUAACCACAAUGUGUAUUUUGAAACCAUACCACUUUACUUUCAGAAAUUUUAAUAUAGAAAGUAAUGUUCAGAGUUGAAAAUUGGAAUUAUAGUAGUUUUAAUGUUAUAUACCAUGUUUAUAUGAAGUCUGAAUAAACAAACCAUGAAUAAGAGAAGUGGAACAUAAAAAGGAGGUGAUUAGGGGAAUAUUUUUCACUUUAAAAUGAAGUGAAAAUAUUUUAUAAUUUAUAAUUUUAUAAUUACAUAUUUUUAUAUAUAACUUAUUUCUUACAAUAAAAUUACCCUGGAAAUGUG